GCGGUUCUCGCGUUUCUCCGGGCCCGGUGCUGGCCGCUCCGCCGGUGCUUUGCCCGGGCGUCUCAGUGCGCUCGGCCAACGGCCUGUGAGAGCGCCCCGGGAGCCGGCGGGCGGCGGCCCUGUGCGGGGACCUCCAGCGGGCCCAGGGGGACAAAAGUGGCUCUAACCAGCAUAUGAACAUUGAAGCAAGUUAAGGAGUUAAUAUGAAGCACAGAAGCAGAUAGUGCCAAAUAGCAAGCAGUCAUUGGUACACGUUUCUGGAAAAGCAGUGUCCGUGUUGUUAUGUACACCUCCAAAAAAAGUUCAGAUCUGUAGGGGAAUUGUGUAAAGUAAACUGAACUACAGGGUAGCAGUAUUUUAUUAGCUAUUAUAGACGUGUAUUUACUGUAUUAAAAUGAGUAACAGAACAAGCAGUGACACACCUCUAGGAAGAGUGACUGGGGCAGCAUUUCCCUCUCCCACUGCUGCUGAGAUGGCAGAAAUCAGUCGAAUUCAGUAUGAGAUGGAAUAUACUGAAGGUAUUAGUCAGCGAAUGAGGGUCCCAGAAAAAUUAAAAGUAGCACCACCAAAUGCUGACCUGGAACAGGGAUUCCAAGAAGGAGCUCCAAAUGCUAGUGUGAUAAUGCAGGUUCCAGAAAGGAUCGUUGUAGCAGGAAAUAAUGAAGAUGUUUCCUUUUCAAGACCAGCAGAUCUUGACCUUAUCCAGUCAACUCCCUUUAAACCUCUGGCACUAAAAACGCCACCCCGUGUACUUACGCUAAGUGAAAGGCCACUUGAUUUUCUGGAUUUAGAAAGACCUCCUGCCACCCCUCAAAAUGAAGAAAUCCGUGCAGUUGGCAGACUAAAACGAGAACGCUCUAUGAGUGAAAAUGCCGUUCGCCAAAAUGGACAGCUGGUCAGAAACGAUUCCAUGUGGCACAGUUCAUAUUCUGCCCCAAGAAAUAAAAUUUCAAGGUUCCAGGCACCGAUUUCUGCACCGGAAUACACUGUGACACCAUCGCCACAACAGGCUCGGGUCUGUCCUCCCCAUAUGUUACCUGAAGAUGGAGCUAAUCUUUCCUCUGCUCGUGGCAUUUUGUCGCUUAUCCAGUCUUCUACUCGUAGGGUUUACCAGCAGAUCUUGGAUGUGCUGGAUGAAAAUCGCAGUGUGAGAAGACAAAAUGAAAUACGUUGUGAAAGACCUGUGUUGCGUGGUGGGUCUGCUGCCGCCACUUCUAAUCCUCAUCAUGACAACGUCAGGUAUGGCAUUUCAAACAUAGACACAACCAUUGAAGCAACAUCGGAAGACAUGACUGUUGUAGAUGCAGCUUCAUUAAGACGACAGAUUAUCAAACUAAAUAGACGUCUACAACUUCUAGAAGAGGAAAACAAAGAACGUGCUAAAAGAGAAAUGGUCAUGUAUUCAAUUACUGUAGCAUUCUGGCUGCUUAAUAGUUGGCUCUGGUUUCGCCGCUAGAGGUAACCUUAGCUCUCAAAAAUACUGUCUCAACAGCUGGAAAUAUAAAGGAUUUACAAACUUCUUU